AUGAGUCGUCCAGCGUACGAGCAGUUUACUGCUCAACCUCCACAACCUGCGGGUGAUUUUGCAGGUGCUCCACAAAUCGGUCCAAAUGGAGAGCCAAUACCUACUCAGGGCCAGGAGCUCACAAUUGCAAGGUUGGAAAACUCCUUAGCGACAAUGGAAGAGCAAAAUCUUACUUACGACCCUCGAUAUGCUAAAAUGCAACAACUCAAAGCUCGACUAAUUGGCACAAAUCCUGAAGUUCCACCACAAGCAUCACCUGUCCCUGCUCCAGGGCAACCACCGCAAAUGACACCAUCACAACUAAAUCAAUUGAGAGCUCAAGUCAAUGUUUAUAAAUUGCUUGCCAGGAGCAAGCCUGUACCAUCAAGCAUGGUAUCAGAAGCAGUUGUAGUCAAACCUAAACCUACCACACUCUUACCUGAUGCUUACGAAUAUCCUGCUGAAGGAGAAAACGGUGAAAAGCUUCCUUAUGAUCUCAUGCAGAUUUUAUCCAUUCAUCAAAAACGUUGUACUAGAGCCACUACUCUUCCCGUCCCUGGUGGAAUUGAUCCUAUUUCAGUACUAAAAGAACGAGAGCACAGGAUUCAAAACAGAAUCGGCUCUCGAAUUCAAGAAUUAACUAACUUACCUGCCGAUAUGCCCAUCAACCUCCGGAUGAAAGCUGAGAUAGAAUUCCGUGCUUUAAGACUUGCUAAUUUGCAAACACAGGUACGAGGAGAAAUAUUAUCUGCCUUAAAAAGGGAUACUACCCUCGAAACAGCCUUGAAUCCAUAUGCAUAUCGUCGUGUAAAACGACAAACUUUACGCGAAGCUCGAAUUACCGAGAAGCUUGAAAAGCAACAGAAGGUUGAUCAAGAGAGAAAACGUCGUCAGAAACACACUGAUCUCAUGCAAGCCAUUAUUUCUCAUGGACGAGAAUUCAAAGAAUACCAUAGAAACAACUACAUCAAAAUGCAGAAGGUUAAAAAAGCCGUUGUUACAUAUCAUCAGAACAGCGAGAGAGAAAGAAAGAAAGAUGAAAUCAAAAACGAAAAGCUUCGUAUGCAAAAACUCAUGCAAGAAGACGAAGAAGGUUAUCGUGCUUUGCUUGAUGAGAAGAAGGAUCAACGUCUUGUGUACCUUCUUCAGCAAACCGAUGAGUAUAUUGAAAGUUUGUGCAGUUUGGUCCGUCAGCAUCAAAAUACUGAGAAGAAACGAAAGAGAGAUGAGCGCAGAAUGGACAACCGAGAGACAACUGGUGAAUCAAGAAUUCAUCUAAGAGAAAUGGCAACUGGACGUAUUCUAUCGGAAGACGAGACUCCAAAAGCUGAUGAAGUCGAAGCUUGGCUUGAGACUCAUGAUGGCUACGAGAUUGUUCCACGAGACGAUAUGUCUGAUGACUCGGAAAUUGAAGAUGAAGCUCCUCCACCUGAAGAAGAAAAGGAGGAGGAUAAAUAUGCGGGAUUAGACGAAGAAACCAAGGCGAAACUGAUUAUUGAGAAGGCUAGAAACGAAGAAGAUGAAUAUGAUCUGAAGAAUAAGAAGAUGAUGGCAGAUUAUUAUGCCACAGCUCACAGAAUCAAAGAAAAGAUUGUACAGCAACACUCAACAAUGGGUGGUGGAAAUCCUAGUCUUCAAUUAAAACCUUAUCAGUUGAAAGGUUUGGAAUGGAUGGUUUCGCUCUACAAUAACAAUUUGAACGGAAUUCUUGCUGAUGAAAUGGGUCUCGGAAAAACUAUUCAGACUAUAUCCUUAGUUACAUACCUCAUGGAAGUUAAGCAGAACAAUGGUCCAUAUUUAGUUAUUGUACCCUUAUCUACCAUUUCCAAUUGGCAGAUGGAGUUUGAUAAAUGGGGUCCUUCAGUUGUCAAGAUUGUUUACAAAGGAAACAAAGACGCUCGCCGUAGAGUCGAAAGUCAAAUUCGUCGAGGUUCAUUCAAUGUUUUACUAACCACUUACGAAUAUGUUAUAAAGGAGAAAACGUUACUUGGAAAGAUUCGUUGGAAGUAUAUGAUAAUUGACGAAGGUCAUCGUUUGAAAAAUCAUAACUGUAAACUCACUCUUAUGUUGAAUGGAUAUUUCCAUGCUCAGCAUAGAUUACUACUCACAGGAACCCCUCUUCAGAACAAGCUUCCUGAGCUCUGGGCUCUUUUGAAUUUCUUGUUGCCCUCUAUCUUCAGUUCGUGCGGUACAUUCGAACAAUGGUUCAAUGCCCCAUUCGCCACCACCGGAGAGAAGGUUGAAUUAAACCAAGAAGAAACUAUGCUUAUUAUCAGACGUCUCCACAAGGUUUUAAGACCUUUCCUCUUACGUCGUUUGAAGAAGGAAGUCGAAUCGCAAUUGCCGGAUAAGACCGAAUAUGUCAUCAAGUGUGACAUGUCUGCCCUUCAAAAGAUUCUUUACAAGCAUAUGAGAAAUGGUUUACUUAUUGACAGUAAGCAGUCUACUGGUGGCAGAGCCUUGAUGAACACCGUUGUGCACCUUAGAAAGCUCUGUAAUCACCCAUUCCUUUUCAAUACCAUUGAAGAUUCUUGCAUUGCUCUUUGGGGACAUGAAGCUACAGGACAAGAUUUGUAUCGUGUAGCAGGAAAGUUGGAGCUAUUGGAUAGAAUCCUACCAAAGUUGAAGGCUACUAAUCACAGAGUUUUGAUGUUCUGUCAAAUGACUUCCAUGAUGACGAUUAUUGAAGACUUCUUCAACUAUAGAGGUUGGAAAUAUCUUCGUUUGGAUGGUAGUACCAAACCUGACGAAAGAGGACAACUUUUGGAACUUUACAACGCUCCAAACUCGGAAUAUUUCCUCUUCAUGCUCUCAACUCGCGCCGGAGGUUUGGGUCUCAAUCUUCAAACUGCUGACACUGUUAUCAUCUUCGAUUCUGAUUGGAACCCCCAUCAGGACAUGCAAGCCCAAGAUCGUGCCCACAGAAUCGGUCAAAAGAGAGAAGUUCGAGUUCUUCGUCUUAUCACCGCCAACUCUGUAGAAGAGAAGAUUUUGGCUGCCGCUCGUUAUAAGUUGAAUGUCGACGAGAAAGUCAUCCAAGCCGGAAAGUUCGAUCAGCGAUCUACCGGUGCUGAGCGAAGACAAAUGCUCGAGCAAAUUAUCAGAGCUGAAUCUGAGGAUGACGAGGAAGAAGAAGUUCCGGAUGAUGAAACCGUCAAUCAGAUGAUCGCUCGCUCUGACGAUGAACUCGCUUUGUUCCAAUCUAUGGAUAUCGAUCGUCGUCGAGAAGAAUCAACUCAUCUUCACAGAAAACCAAGAUUGAUGGAAGAUAACGAGAUUCCUCCCGAUAUCAUUCAAAAGUCUGAUGAGUUCGAAUUGCUUGAGAAACAACAGGAAGAAGGAACAUUACCCAUGAAGGAUGAAACUCCUGGUCGAAGAAAGCGUAAGGAAGUUGACUAUUCUGCUGACUUGAUGACUGAUGAACAGUUCUUGAAACAAUUAGAGGAUGAGGAUGGCGAGGAAGAGGAAAAACCGCUGAAGAAGAAAAAGAGACGCGAGGAGGAGGAGGAAAAUAAGGAUAAGGAUACGGCUGCUCCUGAAAUCCUUGAAGUCAUGCGCAAAGUCUACAAAAAAGCAACUGAAUUCCGUACAUCUGAUGGAACUCUAGUGGCUGAGCCUUUCUUCGAGUUACCAUCUAAAAGAGAACUACCGGAUUACUAUGAGGUCAUUUCGAAGCCCAUGGAUCUCAACAGAAUCAAGAAGAAAUUGGACAAAGGAAAAUACAACUCCAUUGUUGAGAUGAGUGGUGACGUUGUUCUGAUGUGCCAGAAUGCCAGGAUUUAUAACGUUGACGGAAGUGAAAUAUAUAACCACUCACUUCUUUUCGAAAUAACUUGGAGAAGGUUGACGGGAAUGCCGGAAGAUGUCAACUCGCCAGUUUCUGCUCCUUCCCCGCCUAUGAAAACAGAAGUGAAAGAAGAGAAAGUCGAAAAGUAG